UUUUCGCUACUUUUCAUUUUGUCUGCUGUGCACUGAUGACUUGGGAAAUACCGAAAGUUUGAAUCAGAUACCGGCAAUUAUUAUGAUUAUUUAUCCUUUGAAUCAGAAAAUAAAUUUUGAUUCAAUUGGUUGCAGAUGUAAUCAUUGUUAGAUUGCCUAAAAUUUUGGAUCGUCAUGAUUUAUAAUGAGUCAUUCUGAAGGAAAGGCUGAAAUCCAGGUGUCUCGUCCUGGUCAAGCAUUUCCCUUUGCCUCCAUAGCAGCACCUCCACAUCCUCACAUCAACCAGUGGUGUCGUUUCUCCAUACCAGAACGUCUUCCUCUCCAGCCUUUUCGGCAAGAUAGACUAAAUCGUUUGCCAUUGCCUCCAUCAAUUAUGGCUAGCAGUAAGGUCACUACAGCUACUGGUGCUGGUAAUAUGACCUCAACAUCUGUGAUGGUUGAAAAACAAAAUGGUGAUAUUGAUCCUUUCCAAAAGAUUCAACAACUGGAGAAGAAUUUAGCCUUUGUUCGAGAAAAUCAUGCAUUUAUGCUCAAAGGAUUACAUGAAGAAAUUGCUGAUUUAAAACAAAAGAAUAGAGAACUUUUGUUUGAGCUUGUCACUGGUGUUCCACCAUUGCCAAAGGACAUAUCAGAGGAGCGUGAUGAUAGGGAUUCUCCUGAUGAAAAGCAGGAUAAAAUUGAAAAACUGGAAAAAGAAAUUAGGAAAUUACGUGGUGCACUUAAAGAUGCAAUGAAAGCUAAUUCUUCUUUAUCCAGUCAAUUACAAGAAUUAAAAAGGGAACAGUAUAGCAAACAUUCAUCACGAAAGAAAGUUUAUACGCGUACUCCAUCUGAUUCUGCCAUUGAUGAUGAGCAACCAGGACAUUCUCCUUGUGGCCCUUCUCCUCAAAUGGAUGAAUAUUCUGAAACUUUACGUCAGAUACAAAGAGCAACUAACCAUCGAAGUGGAAGGCGUGAUGAUCGACGACAUCGUAAUGAAGAAGGAAGAAAUGAUUGGUCUGAUAAUUAUGCAAGAAAUAGUAAUGGAUAUCAACAUCAUCAUCAUCGUCACCACCACCAUCGUAAUCAGCAGCAGAAAUCUUCUCAGCAACACCAAGAACAACCUAGGCUUCCAAGAUUACCUCUUCGUAAUCAGCAAAAUUUUUCACAUCCUCAGUAUGAAAUUCAGUAUCGCCAAAGGAGCACAAAUACUUUGCCUGCUUUGAAGCCUUUAGUUCCUGUUGUUGAUCACAGAUUAGACAAGCCUAGAAAAUCAAGGGGUCCUCGCCCACCUAAAAUUGCUGACCAAGUUACGAAUGGAUAAAUAAAUACCAUAGGAAUAUAUAUUUAAAUGCUUAAUGGCUUGUUUAUGGCAGAAUUUUGAUCUUUAAAUCUUAUGAACUCUAUCAUAGGUUGCAUUUAUAGGAAAAGUUUCAUAUUUUUGAAUACCUCAUUUAGGUUUUUUUAAAAAUUAUUGUCUUUUGUUUUAUUAUAAAAUAUGGUCCAGCUAUGAAAUAUUUUAUACAAUUUAUUCAUUUUUCUGUUGGUCAUAUUUAAAACAUUAAAAUGUUCAAUCUUUACAGUCUUCAGUAACUUGAUUAUCAUUAAUUUCUUUUUGGAUUAUUUGUAUGCUUAUAUAAAAGGAAUUAAGUUAUUAAGUUCUGAGAAUAAUUUUAAUGAACUUCUUUAUUACAUUCCAUGACUUUGUUUUAAAAAAAAGUUAUUUUUUGUCUGUCUCAUAAUAAAAACAAAUUCUUAUUCCAUAUAUAACUUCUAUUUUUAGUGUGAUAUAUUUUUUUUAUUUGAAUUGUCAUGAUCUGAUUUUUUUUUCUGUCCAUGUAUUGCAUUUUCACUAUUCUGUGCUGAAGUUAGUAUUUUAUAUUUGUCUAAAGAUUAGAUAAAAAUAUUCCAGUAUUAUAAAAUGCAAAUUAUACUGCAUGCAUUUUUGCUGAAUCAUGAAGUGUUCUAUACUUGAACUAUUCUUAACCAGUCUGCAUUUGCUUGAAAUUACAAAUUUUACCUUUCAUAAAUUAUUUUUGUGUUUAAAUGUAACUGAGUUGAAACAUUGCACAUAGUAACAAAUAACACAAGUUAUUAAAAAAUUAUUUCUCCAGGUAUCUUUUUGUUAAUCAUACUAUGUAAGAAAUGUGCUUGUGAGCUUUAUAAAGUACAGAUAAUUGUUUUGAAUGCAAAGUUUUAUUUUGUUACUAAUUCAUAGAAAAAUAUUUUUAAUAGAUUGGAAGAUGUUACUAACUGCAUAUUAAAAUGUAUUGCUUUUAACAUUUUUUUUUAUUUAUUAAUAAAUUAAAAUUAUUUCUGAUAUUUCUUUAAUAUCUUUAUUAGAUGUUAGAAAAAUUUCUAUAGCAAUAAUCAUGCAAUGAAUAAAAUGUCUGGCCAAAUGGUAUGAUCACUUUUUCAAGAAAUUCAUUUAAAUAUGUCUAAAUAUCUUUCUUUCAACUGUAAUAAUUGUAAUUAUAACAAAAAGGACAUGCCUAAAAUUUAAAAAUUUAAAAACAUUUUAUUUAUGUAUUUGUUUAUAUUCAAC